UCGCUCAAUUGUGUUCAGUUCGUUCGAAGAGGCGGUGGUCACGCUUUCGACUUGCACCCUAUUUUUUCAAGUGAUAUUUCGAUUAUUUUCGGAAGUGAAUCCAGAAGAAAUGAGCGGACAACCGGGCUUAAUGGCGAACCUGGCCGAUGUGGUCAAGGAGGCCAAGGAUGAGGAGAUCCAGAUGCCCAAGUCGAACGACUUCUUCGAGUCGAAGACCUUCCGCCUCCUCACCUUGAUGCUCUACAUGGGCGGGGUGAGCGGAAUGGGCCUGACUCUGGCGGUCUACUACCUGUUCAUCUGGGACUCCCGCAUGCCGCCGCUGCCCGUUUUCAAGCACACGCAUCCGAUUGGCUAGGAUUCGGAUUCGGAUUUGGAUUUGGAUUCCCCUCCCCCCAAAGCCACAAAUCGCACGCAGCCAGCACGCUCCCAUCGACAUCAGUGACCAGAUUGG